ACACCUAGCGGCGUAGCUGCAGCGUCCAGAAGCGCCCGCCGCCGCCAUCGACGAAAAAAAAAGGCAAUCGCAACGUCGUGCCAUUCUCCAAAGACAGUCUACACAACAUAAUCUCCCUUUCUGCACGAGAGAAAGAAGACGAAGAAGCCAUGCCGGCAGACGAAUACGCGGCCGUAGCGCGGGGGCCGCUGAAGCUCAAGGGCGUGGUGGGGAGCAAAGUGGAGAAAUCGAAGAAGAAGAAGGACAAGAGCAAGCAGAAGACGACGGCCGAGCAGCUGGAGCGGGCGCUGUCGGCGGACGGGGGAGGAGAAGAGGGCCGGGAGUUGGAGCAGAAGCGGCGCAACAAGACAUCUCUAGACGGCGACGGCGACGGCGACGACACAGCAGCAGCGCAAUUACAACAGCAACCCCCACCACAACAAAACCAAGACGCCGAAGACGACUCGGAAGACGACUCCAAGACCGAGACGGAGCGGCGCUUCCUCGAGACGAAGCGGAAGAGGUUAAAGGAGCUGGCCGAGUCCGGGCGGGUGCGGCCCGAGCUGCUGAAGACGCACAAGCAGCGGGUCGAGGAACUUAAUUCGGCCUUGUCGCGACUCAGCGAGCAUCACGACAUGCCCAAGAUUGGGCCUGGUUAGUCAAGUGUCGACGCGAUUGGCCGAGAAAGGGAAAAAAAAAAAACCCCCCUAAGAAAAGAAACAACCCCCCGAGGACGAGGAAUUGGCGGCUUUGCGAGGCACGGGGACGUCUCAUAAGUAUCCCUUGGCUGGGAGACGCGUGGGCACGCUGCCGACAUCUCACCUAAGGCUACUCCAGGCCAUGCACUGUACACCUUCAAUUGCAAGCAACGCUUGGUCAAAAUUAUGUAAAGCUAGUUGUUAGCUACCUAGUUUUGCUCUACCG